GAGGCCCGUCUUCGCCAUUCUGCUCCGCUGUGUGAAAACUCACGAUACAUCCCAGACUGUACAACAUCUGGACAUCUGCAACUGAAGUCAGAAAUACACAAGCCUGGUCUGCGAGGGAGCGGAGCGAUGCUCGGCAUUACUGAAAUGACAAACGGACAGUUGUAGAUGAGUAUGGAGGUGAAUGGCCAUGCCCUGCCGCCAUCAAUACCUGAGGACAGAGAAGCCCCGGACCAUGUUUCUCAUGAGGAGAUGAACGGUUACCACCAGAGAUUUCAGGGUGGUGACGGGGGAGAGGCUGAAGUCCCGGUGUCCAAGUCCCAGAGACGGAAAAGCGAUGUCAAAGUCUACAAGGAAUUUUGUGAUUUUUAUGCUCGCUUCAACAUGGCCAAUGCUCUGGCCAAUGCCAUGUGUGAGCGCUGCAAGAGCGGUUUCGCCCCAGCUGAGAAGAUCGUCAACAGUAACGGGGAACUUUACCAUGAGCAGUGCUUCGUGUGCGCCCAGUGUUUCCAACAGUUCCCAGAGGGACUCUUCUAUGAGUUUGAAGGCAGGAAAUACUGUGAACAUGACUUCCAGAUGCUGUUUGCUCCCUGCUGCCACCAGUGUGGUGAGUUCAUCAUUGGCCGUGUGAUCAAGGCCAUGAACAACAGUUGGCAUCCAGACUGUUUCUGCUGUGACCUCUGCGAGGCCGUGCUCGCUGAUGUUGGAUUUGUAAAGAAUGCUGGAAGGCACCUGUGUCGUCCAUGCCACAACAGGGAGAAAGCUCGGGGCCUCGGCAAGUACGUCUGCCAGAAGUGUCACGCCAUUAUUGAGGAGCAGCCUCUGCUGUUCAAGAAUGAUCCUUACCACCCUGAUCACUUCAACUGCAACAACUGCGGUAAGGAGCUGACAGCUGAUGCCAGGGAGCUGAAGGGGGAGCUCUACUGCCUGCCCUGCCACGACAAGAUGGGUGUCCCCAUCUGCGGGGCCUGUAGGAGACCCAUUGAGGGCCGCGUGGUUAACGCUAUGGGCAAGCAGUGGCAUGUGGAGCAUUUUGUGUGUGCUAAGUGUGAGAAACCUUUCCUGGGACACCGUCACUACGAGCGCAAGGGCCUGGCCUACUGUGAAACACACUAUAACCAGCUGUUUGGAGAUGUUUGCUACCACUGCAAUCGUGUUAUCGAAGGAGAUGUGGUGUCUGCCCUCAACAAGGCUUGGUGUGUCAACUGUUUUGCAUGCUCUACCUGCAACACCAAGCUCACCCUCAAGGAUAAGUUUGUGGAGGUGGAUCUGAAGCCGGUGUGUAAGCACUGCUACGAGCGCCUGCCGGAUGACAUGAAGCGCCGGCUGGCCAAGCGCGAACGCGACUCAAAAGAGAAGAAGAAGAAAUUAUUGAUACCCAUGAACAAGUUUGUGGAGUUUGACAUGAAGCCAGUGUGCAAGAAGUGCUACGAGAAAUUCCCUCUGGAGCUGAAGAAGAGGCUGAAGAAGCUGUCUGAAACUGUGGCACGAAAGUAAACGUACAGUGGAGCAGCUGGCGGGAGGGAGAAACAGAUGAGACCCUGAGGUGGCCGUGCAGGUCACAUUUCCAGAAUUGACAAUCCUAUAACUAGCAUUUGUGUGUGAGGAGCAUUUCAUGAGCCUGAAACUGACAGACGGGUAAACAGUUGGUCAGUCAGUCAGAAGGUUUAACAAUAACUUGUUCAGUGCCUUUUGGCUCAAAUACUGCACUGUAUAUCUUUCACGCGCUUGCCUUAUUUCACUAUAUAUACAUAUAUAUAUAUAUAUAUAUAUAUAUAUUAAACCUAAAAACAGAUGACGGUCCUGAAUUUCAAAAUUAUAUGAGCUUUAAGAGAACAGAAACAAGAGAAUAAUAAAAAUUGUGUUACAGGCUGCCAACUCGUCUCAUGAUGCCCAGCCAUGUGUCCUCUGUUUGACUGAUGUUACUCUUGUAUAAUAACGCUGUUAACCCAAAGAAAGUUGAGAGGAAAAUACUGUUUUAUUGAAUAUGUGUAUAAUGUCUCUAAUAUUUCCUGUUUUCCACCAACAUGUAUCAUGUUAUGUAUUAUGAAUGUGUCUUUAAUAUUUUGCUAAAUAAGUUUGUGUUUAGCUCUAUAAAGUUAGAAUUGCAGAUGUCAUACUGUACCCUCCUUAGUGCUACAGUAAUGGACUCAACUUCGGCUGCAGUAUGUUGCAGUUAUGUGCUAUGCAUUUUAUGUGUGAAACAUGCUCUAUGCAAACAGAGUUACCAGUUUAUUAGGUUCACUUGUACAAUCUAAUAUAACCCAAUACAACUACAUUUAAAUGAAUCCUGAGUUUAUAAUAUUCAGCUCAUUUUACAGUAAGGUCAACAGAAUAUUAGAAACACCUCUAAAAGUAAGGAAGUCCACUUCAGCACCAUAACUACAGCUUAAAAAUUACUUUAGAGACGAAGCAACUCCUCUGACACGCUGCUGUCCACAAAUACUGAACAUAAUAAGCUGCACAGUAACAGGAUUUAUUGCAUGGCAGCUGGUAACUGUGUUUGUUACAACAUGAUGGCUUGUGGCAUGUGCAGAGACCGGAUGUGGGAGCAGGGUUAGAUGUUGGAACGUGUGUCUCUGCUGUUUGUAAUCCAGAGAGAGUGAUCCUCUUAGAGAGGGGUACCGACUUCCUCAGGGCUCAGACCCAUUGAAAGCCAACUUUUGUGAAGGAGGAAGAAUAGUUUCACUUAAGCAGUAUUUUAUCGUAGAAGUCUUUUUUUCUUUUUACAUAUUAGCUUAAUAACACAUUCCACUAUUUUAUGGAAAUACAAAGCCUAUGUUACUGUUGUGUCAUGUAGACAUAAAACUAUCCACUGGACUGUUUGUUGUGAAACAGAACUUCAGCUCAGCUAAAAAUAGUUUUAAUUUAUAUCUUACUAGAUGACUCUACAAAGACAGACAAUGCUCUUAUACUGUAUUUUAACUUCACGGUUAGCUUCACUUGGCAAGAAGCAACAUUUAUUCAUGUAAACACACCAAAGUGCAUGUUCUAAACUUGAAUGGAAAGUUAUUUUUCAUUAUAUCUAAGAUAAUUCUAUCAACACAUCUGAAUAAACAUAUAUGUCAAUGCUA